GAUCGCGCCAAACUUAAAACUCAAAAGAACAAGGCCUGAAAUAGUAAUUUGGCGUUUAUCGUCCCAUAUAUUGUCGCCUUAUCUUCCCAUAUCUAUUAUCGUCCUUCCUCCUUGCCCAAUCUCAAGCAUUUGUUUUGUUCUUAUCUUAUUUUGGGCUAAUGGAGUCUCUUUGUAUAGGCAUUUCAACUUGUUUAGUUGUGAAAAAACACCACCAAAUCCACAGGUGGUCUCCCAAAUUCACUCAUCGCAGAUCUCGUCCCACCAAUUCAAUCCAAUUGAAUUCUUCCCCUAAAACCAGAAAGGUGUUUCCCGUUUUACAAAUGGAAGCCCCAAUUCAACAAAUAUUGUUCCUUUGUACGAGUCUUUCUUCUUUUCCUCUUACUUCCCUUGCCUCUGAAACUACAAUACCAGUAGUACCCUCUCCCUCCCCUAAAAUCAGCAUAGAAGCAAUCUUGCUCUCUAUUGAUGAUUUUUUCAAUAAGUAUCCGUUCUUUGUUGCUGGUGUUACGUUUAUCUGGCUUGUUGUGAUCCCAUUAACUGAAGAGUACUUGCAAAAGUAUAAGUUCAUCUCCGCCGUUGAUGCCUUUGGAAAGCUCCGUGAUGACCCCAGUAGCCAGCUGUUAGAUGUUAGAGAUAACAAGAGUUUGGCUUAUCUGCCUUCUCCCAGUUUGAAAAUGUUCAAUAAGAGUGUGUUGCAGGUUGAGUUCCGACAAGGGGAUGGAGAUGAAGUUGCCUUUGUUAAGAGGGUGUUUGACAAUAUCAAGGACCCACAAAAUACUACGCUUUGUGUUAUAGACAAUUUUGAUGGAAACUCGAUUAAAGUGGCUGAACUAUUGGUCAAAAAUGGUCUCAAAGAGGCUUAUGCUAUCCGAGGUGGGAUAAGAGGCAAGAAAGGAUGGCAGGAGAUCCAAGAAACCCUUCUCCCUCCAUCUGUUCAUAUCUAUCCCAAGAAGAAGGUUAAAGGGUUGCAACUGCAAGACAGCAAUAAUGGGGUGAUUGAAGCAAAUGAAAUUGAUAGUCAAUCUCCAUCUUCUAUAGGUGUUGCCCAAGUUGAGCAGAGAAGGAAUGGUUCAAUUAAGAAUUCUGCUGACUUAACCUCAGCGGCAAAAUGUGGUCCUAGGUCAUCAUCCCCUUAUCCAAAUUACCCAGAUUUGAAGCCCCCUUCGUCCCCUACUCCUUCAAAGCCUCAAAAUUGACGGCAGUUACAUGUUGUUCCUUUGAUGCGUCAUAUCUCAUCGAUCAUGUGAAUGGUGCAAUCUUUGCCAUGUCUGAACUGCAGCUUGACAUCAAUAUUUUUCUGAAGAGAGUAUGACAGUCUCGCUGAAAGACCAAAUCAAAUAAUGGCUGCUCUAAUUUUUCCUCGAUCACUAUGGAAUAGAGAAUAACUUCUAUAGUCCAGUUUUGGGCAUUGCUAGACUAGUCAAUUUUAUUUCGUGUACUAGUUGUGAUCUUGACAAUAUGUUGGACAAGAAAUUUAAUUAGCUCCUUCCUAGAAAA